AUGUCUGGCUUUGCAGUUACAAAGCAGCCCGGAGGUAAGGAGGAUGACACGGGUGGGAUUCAGUUUGAGAUGCAGGAGAACAAACGAGGGGACCCGUUCUCCUUUUGUGACCGGCUCGCCACCCCCGCGGGCUGUCAAGUUCUGAAGGACGUCAACAGGCUGGUCAUCCGCCAAAACAUCGAGGAGGAUAUCGAGGGUCCGUGCGGAAGUGGAAGUACCUUUACCAUUUUCAAUGACGGGGAAGACAUCAUGUUUUACGCUGGAGAAAGGUCGGAUUGCUUCAGCCGGUGGAUUUGUGGUCCCCACCGUCAGUUCUCGCUGUCCAUCUGGAACGUCCAGGAAGAAGAGGUGUUAAGCCUAACUCACCCGUGCUGUCGCUGUGACUGGUGCUGUUGUGUCGACUGUUUUGUCUGUGCACACAGACUCACUAUCUCAGACCGGAAGAACGACCAGAUCGGCUCCAUUGUCCAGACGUUCAGUUGUUGUCAGCCGAUGUUUGAGAUCCUGGAUAAAACCAAGGAGCCUAUCGCCAUCUUCAAAGGACCUUGUUGUCCUUGCCGAUGCUGUACCGAUAUGGAGUUUCCGAUUAUGGACGCGUCCGAUACCAAGGAGAUGGGUUACGUGAUGAAGAGAUGGGGAGGGGAGAGGCCGGAUGGGAUUAACUGUGACCACGAAUACUACGAGAUCAUCUUUCCACCAGCCAUGCUGUCGAGAGACAAGGCACUCAUGCUGGCCUCCUCAUUCCUGAUCCACUACAUGUACUUUGAAAUUUCCUAA